CGUUGUGUGCCACAGCCAUGCUUCCUCUGAGCGUGCGCCCGGCGCCAUGGUGUUGAGAUGUUGAAUGUGACUGCUGAAGCUGGAAGGAGACCUUUCCGACACCAGAACAACCGAACGAUCUGAUCAGGUACUUGACCAAGUACCACCAAACAACACUUUCAAAGAAAUUGAAAGAUGCGCAUGCAGUGAGUCAGUAGAAGCGAUCGAUCAUUCGGCGCGACUAAACCACGUCCGCACGUGACAAUCAUCAUUGCCAAGACCAAUAGCUCUUCGAGCAUUCCAAAUUCGCGGCUGCGGGCAAGCAUUUUCCACAUUCAUAUCUCACCACAACAUGUCUCUCGCCGACUACCUGGCAAAGAACUACCUCACAGCAGACUCAGAGAAGAAGUCAAAGAAGCGCAAGAGAAAGGACAAGAAUGGCGGUCUCACAAUCGACGAUGAUGACAAUCUUGGGUGGAAGAACAAGGCAGACGAAGAAGAUGAAGAUGCGCCCAUGAUCAUGGGAGGUGCAGGCCUCAAGAAGUCCAAAAAGAAAUCCAAAGAAAGCAGUGCCGCAACAUGGGCAACAGUGGGUGUCGCUGCACCUUCACAUGCACAACAACUCGCCGCCGACGAAGCCGCCGCGGACGCGAUCAUAUCAUCGACAGCCGCCGACCGCCAACAAGCUGCAGACGCCGAAGACGAAGCACCUGAGAUGGUCGAUACGGAGGGAGUGCUGAGGUUAGAGUCUGGCGCAAGAGCAGGUCUACAAACGGCAGCGCAGGUAGCUGCAGACAUGAAAGAGCGACAAGAUGCAGAACAGCGGAAGGCAGAGCAAGCUACAAAAGAGCUGGGUGCUGCAGCACAGGAGACCAUAUACCGAGACGCAAGCGGUCGCAUUAUCAAUGUUGCGAUGAAGCGUGCAGAAGCGCGGAAGAAGGCCGAAGACGAAGAGCGCAAAAAGCUGGAGAAGGAGAGGGAAGCUCGCGGCGACGUACAAAACGCGGCUGCAGCAAAACGGAAACAAUUGCUGCAAGAUGCGAAGACGAUGACCGUUGCGCGAUAUGCCGACGAUGCGGAGCUCAACGAUGAAUUGAAGGAGAGAGGGCACUGGAACGACCCUGCAGCUGGAUUCUUGCGCAAGAAGAAGGCCGGGCGUAGUAUUACGGGCAAGCCACUGUACACGGGAGCUUUCCAACCGAAUCGAUACGGUAUCCGCCCCGGCCAUCGAUGGGACGGCGUGGAUAGAAGCAACGGCUUCGAGAGCGAAUGGUUCAAGUCGAGGAACCGCAAAGCGAAUAUCGAGAAGCUGGAAUACCAGUGGCAGCAGGAUGAGUAAGGGCUGUCUACGACUCGAGUACGGUGUUACCGGACCUUGCAUUGCAUUGCAUUCGAAAACAUAGCGCGGCGUUUGAGGCACAAAAUACCAUUUUCCAUUAUAUCCCAUCAGUAACGACUUCUGCGCACCUUUUCGGCCGAUGUCCGCUUAUGCAGUCUUGCGGCGCACAGCCACCAUAUGCUUGCUGCAAGCCAAUUGAUACCCCACUUCCCACUCCAGGCGGAAAAACAACUUGUCAACACGCUGUUGAGCUCUUCAAUAUGGAAAUCAUGCAGGCGCCUUCUACGCAUCAUCCAUACCGGCCACUCCACGACCUUAUAGAAGAGUUUCGCUUGCUUUACCUCCACA